UUUAUGGUUUAUUGGUUUUUGAACUAAAAUAUACUUAGUCCGUGUUUUCGGGUCAUAGAAAUUAGAAAAUCUGAAAAAUAAAUAUUAAAUAAUAUUAAACUUUCAUUUUUUAAAUUCUCUUUUACAUAUCAUGGUUUAAUUCGGCUAGUUAAACAAGUAAGUUAAUAUUUUAAAUGUUAUUUUAGAUCAGUGUAGUUAAAAAUAUAUCUAUGUAGUUCUUUCUUGAAUUAUUUUUCAUUAUAUUAAGUGCUGUAUAUCAAUAAAAUUUUGUUUAUUGCACUAAUAAGAAAUGGAUACAAUUUUUAUGCAGUAGACAUUUAUGUAGUUAUGUUAGUUGAUUGACAAAUUAAUUUAAAAAAAAAAAUGAUUUAAUAAGAAUUCCAUACUAUUCUCCAUAAAAACAUAAUUAACAUGUUAUGUAAAAAUCCUCUCUUCAAUAAGUAAUGAAAUAUGAAAUUUUAUUUACAAUUUUUCCUAUAAAUACUCAUUUUUUACAAUUAUGAGUUUUUACUGGGUAUGUAAGUAAUUUGUACACUUUGUUGAAAUAAUUUAUUAUUUUAUUAUUUACCAUAUAAUAAAACAUUUUAUGUGAUACUUUAUAUAUUUAUUUAGGUUACUUUGAUAUUUUAAAUGUGUGGUUGGUUACAUUCUCCUUAAAACAUAAUUCAGAAUGACUUCAGCUUCUAGCACCAGUGCUAGAUCUCUUUUUGGUGAUUCCAAAAACUUAUUAAGUGAACGAGUGAAGUUGAAUAUUAAUAAUAUGUCAUCGGUUAUUAAACAAAUACAUAAAAGUUCCAAAAGUCAUGAAAUGUUAAAUCAAACAGCUAAAAACCUUUUAUUACUAGAAUCCAAUAUUGAUCGUACUGAACACAACCUGAAUCAAUUAAGAAAUGUAUCUACUAAUUUCAUUCAACAAUAUAAUGAAUUAAAAAUAUCCAUACUUUUAAUUGAAGAAGUAAAGGAACAUGUCCAAACUAUGCAAAGAUAGUAAGUUAUUUAAGAUGUUUAUUGUAUAAUAUUUAUAUAUUUUAAUUGAAUGAUUAACUGGUAUGUUGUAGGUAUAACCCUUAGAUUAUAUACUAUGGAUGACUACAUCCAUCCAAUUUUUGAAUCUAUGAACUCAUAUGCUCUGAUUGAUUUUGUGUUUGUGUAUUAUGAAUUAUCCUCGUGAAGAUGACUGUGCGUGUGCAGUGUAGCUAUGGCUACCUAUAACUAUUGUAUAUAAUCUAAGGUACAAUCUUAGUUCAUGUAUCAGCUAAGAGUACAUUAAAGGUUAUCAGGAAAAUUAGCACAUCUAAAAUAAAUAUUGUCUCAUUGUUCUUCAUAAUAUUUCUAGUUUCUUUAAUGGUUUUAACUAUGAUUGACUUCUAACUCAAACUAUAAAUAAAUAUUUUGCUAAUGUGUUCAUGUCAGUGUAUUGAUGUACACAAAUCAUAUUAAGUUAGUAACAUUAUUGUGUAGUAUUUUGUUUUUGUACUAUUUACUAUUCAAUUUUUUUUUUUUUUAAUAGUAUUAAAUGAUAUAAGUAUUUUAAAUAACCAUUAACCCUUCAAUUACAAUAAUAUGAUUACAUGCACACAGUUAUUUUGAUAUAAUUAUAAAUAUAAGUACAUAUAAUUCAUUCAAUUUUCUUCAAUAAUCUACAUUAUGAUUAAGUAGAUCAAUUUAAUCACACAAAACAUAAAAUAUGUAUGUACUAUAUUAUACAGAACAAUAUAUUGUAUACCUUAGAAAUAAAAUUGGAAUUUGUAACUAAAAAGCCAGAUCCUAAAAAAAAACCAAAUUCUAAUCAUUACAUCAAGAUCUUCCUUAAAACUUUGAUGAAAUAUAAUAUAAAUUUCAAAAUUAAUUAAUUGCUCAUAUUUGUUUGUGUUUUUAGGACAAUGAGAAGAUACAAUCCCUAGCCUUCCUGCAUAUACUACUCUCGACAUACUAUUUUUCCAAAUAUGAUAAAAUAAGUAUUAAUACACAGCACUUAAGUAACAAUUUACAAAAAAAAAAAACUUUCUGUCCGUACCGAUAACUGUGUGUGAUUAGCUGAUAAAUGUGUACAAUGUAUGUAAAAAUUAAUUUAUAUUAUUACAAAAAUUUUAAAUAAAGAUAACAGUAUUUGAUUAUAUUUUAAAUAUUAAAUAGUACUCAAUUUACCAUAUUAAUUUUUUAAUGAGGAAUUCAAUUUACCACUUUUAUUUUAAUAUGAAGCACUCAAUUUACUUCCAAAUAAAAAUCAUGCUGAUUUUUUAAAGGCUAAUACGUAGAUUUUGAAUUGUAUGAUUUUAUUGUUCAUGAUUCUGUGCUUAUGUUUUUGAUAAUGCCAGACACUUUCUGCAUUAAAUAGUAUCUAUUUUUUUUUUUUUUGUCUUUUACUUAUUUAUAAUAAAUUAAUAACUGUAAUUAAGGUCAUUAAUUCAAUAUAAUUAUAAUAUUAUAUAAUAUAUUCUAUUAUAAACACUAAAUAAAGUUAAAAGUUGUUUUUCUUCUAUUUUCUAUAUUUAUUAAUAUCUCGUCUGACAC